GCUGAGCUGAUCCCACGUGUGACGCUUGCAUUCCCGGCUCAGUAAUAUUGUCUUUAGCGUGCUUCGGUGUAGCGUUGUGCCGGUGUGUCUUCGUUAGUUACUGGCUAUAGUUGGGUUAGCUAUGGAGGGAGACGGGAGCCAAGCCACAUCUGGAGGAAGCCCUAAUGAUUCGCAACACGACCCGGGUAAAAUGUUUAUCGGUGGUCUCAGCUGGCAAACUUCACCAGACAGCCUUAGAGACUAUUUUACUAAAUUCGGGGAAAUCAGAGAAUGUAUGGUGAUGAGAGAUCCAACGACAAAACGCUCCAGGGGCUUCGGGUUCGUUACUUACGUAGAUGCUGCCAGUGUAGAUAACGUCUUAGCUCAGCCACAUCACGAAUUAGACUCAAAAACGAUCGAUCCUAAAGUUGCCUUUCCUAGACGUGCUCAACCCAAGAUGGUCACAAGAACAAAGAAAGUAUUCGUAGGAGGAUUAUCAGCGAACACAGUAGUUGAAGAUGUGAAGCAGUAUUUUGAACAGUUUGGCAAGGUAGAGGAUGCCAUGCUUAUGUUUGACAAAACGACUAACAGACACAGAGAUCUCAACCUAAUUGAACAAGGCGCGUUCUCAGAGCAUACGCAGAACAGCUUGCAGGCAUAUUCACGGUAAUUUUCAACCUCUCCCUGUCCCAGUCUCUAAUCCCCACAUGAUUUAAGAUGACCACCAUCUCAUGCCACAAUGACUACCUCCCUGAGGCACUCAUCUGUAAUCAUGAAGAGCUUUGAGAGGCUGAUA